CAACUUUACUGCAAAAAUCAUCUUAAAAAAUCGGCUAACUGAAAAACACCGUAAAAUUACCAGAAAGCCCUCGCCGGAGGUCUGAUCAAAGCCUCCUCGAAUCAAGUUCCUUCGUAGCCUGGAGCUGACUUUUCCGGCGGGAAAAUCACUGUUGCGGCUCCGGGAAGUUAAUCACCAGGAGCUGGGAAAAGUCGUGCGGCGCAUGAUGGGAUUUUGCAUCUGCCCGUUGGAAAGUCCGGCGAGGCUCCUGUGGUGCUCGAGCUUCUUCCGCCACAAGUUAAUGCUGUUCUAAUAAUCCAUUAGUGUUUUUUAAUCGAAGAAAUCAUCCGCCGUUAGCAUUGUACUGUGUUUAGAAUAUAUAUAGUGUGUUUUUUUUCUGAGACAAUUAUACAUACACGUUGCGUGCGUGUUUGAUAUUUGGAUCUGCCGAGUAAAUCAGCGGAAGGAGAUGGAAUCUGGACGUAUUUUCUUCGAGCCGUCUUGCCAGAACAAUAUGCUGUUCGUUAAUUCCCAUUCCGGAUUUCGAGUCGGAGGAAGAACGGUGAUAAACAUGGAGGAAUCGUCGAAGCGGCGGCCGUUUUUCAGCACGGCGGAGGAGCUCUACGACGAUGACUAUUUCGACGAGCAGUUGCCGGAAAAGAAACGCCGUCUCACUCCCGAGCAGGUGCACAUGCUGGAGAAGAGUUUUGAGACGGAGAACAAGCUGGAGCCGGAGCGCAAGACGCAGCUGGCUAAGAAGCUGAACCUGCAGCCGCGGCAGGUGGCGGUGUGGUUUCAGAACCGCCGCGCGCGGUGGAAGACCAAACAGCUUGAGAGGGACUACGAUCAGCUCAAAUCCUCGUACGAUUCACUCCUCUCCAACUAUGACUCCAUCCUCAAGGAGAAUGACAAGCUCAAAUCUGAGCUACUUUCCUUGAGUGAGAAGAUGCAACCGGAGGAAACCGCAGGAGAACCGGGUCAGAAAUCCGACCCUGUCGCGGAGGUGGAUGCGGUCCAGCCAUGCCUUGAGCUGACGGUGAAGGUGGAGGACCGACUCAGCAUUGGCAGCGACGGCAGCGCGGUGGUGGACGACGACGGCCGCCAGCUUCUCGACAGUGGCGACUCGUACUUCCCGGACAAUGACUACCCCGACUGCAUAGCGGCCGUUGAGGGUAUCAACUCGGAGGAGGACGAUGGCAGCGACGACGGACGGAGCUACUUUGAUGUGUUCGCGGCGGAGCAGCAGGAGCCGAUAGGGUGGUGUAUCUGGUCUUGAAAUGAAGACCUGUUUAUUAGCUUAUUGUGUCAUUUUAAGUUCCUAGCUUUGUUCUAAAAAUAAAAUUGUAAUUUGAGAUUUGCUGUAUUUUCUUUGUUAUGCUGGGAGUUAAGUUAUUAUAUAUAUAUACAUAUUAUAUGUA